AUGGGGCCCGGCAUGAUCGCGAAUCUCCUCUCCCCCCUUAUCCCGUAUGGCGCCUUCUCCCUCAUCCUUUCCAAGCGACUUCAAUUUGCGCCACCUACGCCUAACCCCGGAAUUAUUACGCAGCUUUCCCAACCUGUGGGUGUUAUGGCCAUGGGGGAUGCCGCACGCCCAAGUGAUGAUAAAUUCAGCCGAACCCUUGAGGAGAGUCUCACGACAUGGUCUUCCUAUCUUAAUAUCCAGAGCGAGGAUCACCUACUGCCCCGGCAUGCCAUAGACCUAAGACCUCUCGUCAGUCAAACACCACCUUUCCUCGGUGGUGGCGCUGCUGCCCUGAACAAGACCACAUCGUUCGCUUGCGAGGAGAAGCAAUCAACACAGAGGGCGGGAAACUCAUUACCGCGGUCAGAUAAGGAAUCACUCGUUGAAGUUGACAUCGGCGACGAUGCUUGUGAAGAAGAGAUCUUCUGGUGGCACACCAUUUUAUGUUCUGGCGACGGCUGGGAUGCGGCCGUAAAGUACAAUGGCCGUAUCUAUUUGUCGCCAUGGUCGGUUUCGGCGAAGAACGUGGGCUUCAUCCUGGCUAAAACUGGGUUUUUGAGUGCCGAGUCAAACCUACCGGAAUCGGCGACCGCUCUUAAAUACCUCUCUCGUUUCUGUGUGCACCAUCGCCUAUACGCUCAGUGCUCAGUUGCCCUUGCCGGGGUACUCUGCAUUCCAUUUCUGAGGAAGAAAACAGUUUCUCUCCCGUUUCCAAAACAAAAUUCUCGGGUGAGAAAAAAGGAGAGUACUAGUGACUCUUCUGUUUCUAUCCCAGAUCUUCUCGACGAACACAGCGAAUUGCUCCCCAAAUACAUGACUCUAAGUUCCAAUACGUGGGGUUUGCGCUCUCUCCUGUGCAGCACAUUCUUCAAUGCAGAUAUCGAGUGUAAUCUCGUCAGUGCCUGGCUAAAUCCGGCAUUUGCUGUUAUUGACUCGAUCCACGAAAGGAAAAUUUCGGUGGCUACAUUACUGGCAAACCGCCAGCCUCGACUCGGGAUCCUCUGGCUUGGUGCAAUCCUCACAGACCUAGCAAACUCUGUCUUGCGUGACAUACGAGCAGGGAUGACGGCUCUGGAUCUUACAGCUUCUGCAUGGGCCGGAACAACACAGACGUUCUUGACUUCAAAAAUGGGGAAUAAUCAUGGCGAAUUGAUACGCCGCGAUGACGAAUGCCGACUGCUUUUCAUUACAGCCUGCGAAGGCCAUGAUCGACCUCCAGUCUGGCCUUGGAAGCCCUUUGGGUUUACACAACUUGGUGAUACAGAGCUCCCGGUCCGACAGCAUGCUCGAUGUGCCGCUCACUGCUUAGAAUACGAAUAUUGGGAAUGGAUUUUGACAAACAACAAUUCAAUUCGAUAUUCCGAAGCAGGAAAUGGCCAACUUCCUGUCCAGGCAUCAACUUCAUCCGCCGACAGGCCAUUGGCCAGGCUUGAUGAUUAUAACUAUGAUUUCUAUUCACAGAUCCUCUCUGAAGGAGCCACGCGUGGAAUAUUUGAAUGGUUAAGAUCGACAGGGUACCCUCGCAGUGAAAGACCGAUAUACCAACAUUCUUGGCUAGAUUUGGAAGUCACUGACGAAGAAGAGCCCGACGAUGCGGAUUCAGACUUGGAAUUACAGCGGGGCCCAAAGAAAAUGCAUGUUGAAAGAUGGCUAGAAAGCAUCGAAUAG